AUGGUCUGGGACAAGAGUCUGGAGGGUUGGCCUGGACAGAGCCAGCCGGCCGAUGGGCUAGUGAAUUCAUGGAGAGGCAACCCGAGGCCCGGGAACGAGGAUGGAGCCCGACUGAGGGAUGCGGAGCCCGUCACUGGCUUGUCACCGGGGCUCCAACCGACCUUUUUGCGAUUCCAGAACUCUAGCACGGUACUCCAUCAACGCCCAGCGGCCCAGAAAGUUCCCAAGCUGCAAAGUGAUUGCAGUCCUCACAUUCCAAGGUCCUCUGGGCGUACCGGUGUACUCAUGGGACCGGGGACGCGCGAGAGCGCUAGGCCGGAUGAGGGCGAACGGCGGCAAACUGGGGGAAAAGAACCUUGGUUCGGCAAGAGUGGAGAAGCCUACGAUUGGGAGCCUGUAUCCGUAAAGGAGCAUGGUUCACCGAGGCUCUGGGAAGACGAUACCUACCUAGCUGGCCAUGCUGCCGAAUCAGAUACGUGGGAUGAGCUGGAACCUGUAGUCCGCCAGAACGACUUCAUCGACGCGUUCCGUAUUCAAUUCCUUAACAAGGAUGCGCGGGGAAGGGCAUUUGACUUUAUCGGUGCAUAUUCAAGACGGAAGCAGACGGAUGAGGCCAGUAGUUUGAUGCAGGCCGCAGCUCACCAUGGUUCGCAGAAGACGCAUCUGUGCGGCGGCUUUCAGGGCUGGGUGCGAGCCAACGAGCCUCGCGAACGAACAAUGGCUCUGUCGGUUCGUAAGUGGCUUGCUGCUGGCGUCCUUCUUCUCCCCAUUCUCGAGGCGUGUGUGUCAGCGGCUUUGCAACGGAAUGUCUUGGGCAGUGCUGCGCGCUUGAAGCACUUCUCGGGGUUGGGGGUCCAAUUGCAUUCUCGAAACAGAAUCGCGGUGUGGGAGGGCGGUAUGAGACGAGACACUGCUUCACGGGCGACGACGGAUAACGCGUUUAGAGAGUCUGUAUUACCAGAAGGUUUCGUGCCACUGCCCAAGUUGACGCGAGAAUUGGACGAGCCCAGCGUGAAUGUCACUGGGGAACCUGGACCCGUGGCCGCCAUGACUGGCACGACUGGCAUCUGCGAGAAUGUGACUGGGGGCCAUGCGGCAGAGGGCCUUGGUCUGGUGUUUGUUGGAAUGGAGAUUGAUCAUUGUAUGCUCGGAGGUCUCUUGCUGGCUGACCUCGUCUCAAAGGCGGCAAAAAGAGUCGAGAACCAAGACAGGGAAUUCCAGCCAUUCUGCCGAUGGCGUACAAACAAGGAACCUGAGGUGAGAGACCUGUCCGAGAAUAGACAGAGACAAAGACGGCAUCUGCAUAGGUAUGUAAGCGCAACAACAUUGGUAGACAAGCCAUGGGCGCAGCAACAGCCAAGAUUCAGGACCAACAAGAGCAACGAAACUGCUUGCGAAGUUAUGGAUAGCAACUUGCCUAGCUUUGUGCUUCUGAGGCAAUCGUUCCAGAAGCAGGAGCAAUAUCUUCACUUACUGGGGUCGUUACAGACGACACUCCUGACUGCACACCUCCCUCCAAAGGCUCAGAGUCAGGUGACCGAGGCAGCAAGUCUCAAGGCAGCUAGGUACCUACGCAGUAUGUACGCUUGCCAGUCGCUGGGGUCGACCAUCGAGCGAAUCUGGAAAGAGAGCACAGGCUCCAGAAUCCCACUUUUCCUCACUUUGACCAGACCUGGAGCGCACGUGUUGCUUCUCCACUUUGCCAUGGAACAGGUGCGGAGGUUGGCAAUCCAAACAUUUGAGGCCAACAUACUUCGAAGAAACAAGCAAAGCAGAGCAGAGACAGAGAAAGCAAUGUCAAAGGAAGAACAUGCCCCUAUUUCAGUGUUGGCUGGUGAUUUUGGCUGGACAAGUGGCCCAGUGACGCUCGUCGUCCUGAGUGAGUGGAGGCCACUAAAGGAGGAGCCUGGCAAGCCUGGAACUUGGAAGCAAGGAGCGAUCGAACCAAAGUACCUUUUCUGCCAGCUCGGCGAGCGGACCACAAACCCGCAACGAAAAAAGAUACUGUUUUUAUUUCUUUUCCUUGCUGCCAUUCCGCCAUCUCAUUUCAUCUUGUCGCUUGAGCUCGAGAUUCCCAACAUUGGGCCCUUGUUCUAUGCUCUCAUUGCCUCGAUAACCUGUCGCCCACCCAGCGCUACGCUCAAGUCUCAAAGGAGAGAAGAGGUAAGAAAGGCGAAGACGCCUUCUUCCCUCUUGUUUUCCCUCGCCGCUUUCACUAUCUCGUUGCUUGAAGCCAACUUUAUUCCCCGCAGCUUGGAAACCUUCCAUUCUCUCCCACAAUCCUUCCAGGUUACGUCUUUGGCACCUACUCGACAUUCUUCCAUGCCCGGCAUUUUGCUGUGCGAACAAUUGAUAGAACCCUUCUUCAUUCCUGCCUGUCACCAUUUACCGCUCCCGAGUCGUCUCACCGCGUUAUUGACCGAUGCCUGCUUUUUCGGCUUGCCUUGCAUCGCCCCCGUCUUUCCUUCCACUGCGGCAUUGCUUCUGCGCUUUCAUUCCAUUCCGAUCCGUUGCGGUGUGAGCAGCGGGCUUCUGUUGUGCCGUGCACCUACUAAUUGGGUACCGCAUUGCUUUACUCAAGGCCUCCCAAGGCGAAUCUACAAGUACCUCCCGCCAGGUACUUUUUCUUCAGGGGUGCCCAUCCACCUGGGGGCAGGCAGUGAAAACCUGGAACGAACCUCCCCGUGCUGUUUCUCCUCCGCGGUACUGAGGUACCUUCCAUUACCUUCAUUGCCCCCCAAAACCGACAAGGACCGCGCCGCAUCACCAACGAGUCGCUCUUUCCGCCGUGGCCCGCGACACCCUAUCCGUACGUACCUAAAGUUCCCAAGGCUCCUCCUGCCCGCCCUCACACCCUCGCGGUUCGCCCUCCCCUCCCGCCUUGGUUUACCCGCACCCGUAAGCCGUGCCUGCAACCUGCGACCUGCGACCGUAAUCCCGCCCGCCACCUUCGAAAUCCCCAACCCUCACUCACACCCGAUUCCGAUCCCAAACCUUUCAUUUCCUCUCCUCUUCGACACCUCCCCUCUCUUUUCCGACACUCUCACGACAAAUACUCCCCGCCUCACAUCGCAUCUUGCAGCAGUCGAGAUUUCGAACUAG